AUGCCCGUUCAAGUCCUGGCGACCAGCGAUCCCAUUGGAGCAGCCCAACUCUACUGGCUUCGCGAUGCGGGACUUUGUAGCGCCCAAGACUGUCAGAACGGCAGCAACGUCAUAUUCUUGUGCGAGGAUCACGGCUGUCUCUAUAAAACGCACCCGUUCGCCCUUUCUCCGCCGCUGCGCGACCUUGCACUCCUAGAAGAGUGGGAAACGAAGGACUGGGAAGAACGGCUGGAGUCCAAGUCCAUGCGGAAUCGCUUGCCCUGCCCUCUCGAGCACCUGAGCGGAAACGUCGCCUUCAUAUGGUGUGCAUCCGGCGACUCGGGUGCUGCGUCCCCCGCAGAGUUCGAGUUCCGGAUCAACCAUGUAGAUGACGACGGCUAUCGACCGUGCCGGCUGAAUCCGUACUUUGCGUUGGCCGAUGCAAUGGUUGCGGUGUCGGGUAGAAACGCGCCCCCAGAUACCUUUGUGCAGGUCGCCCGCCAAGAGUCCUCGGACAUACCGAACAACCUGGAAGAAUACAGGACGCGGCUGUCACGGCUUCGAAAGCUGUAUUCCAGGACGACGGAGUCCUGCUACAGGGAGCGCGAGCGGCGGGCUGGAAGGGCUGCAUCACCUCUCCCAGAGCGAAUGAGUGAAUUUACAGGCCUUAUCCGUGACAUAGAAAUUUCUUCGGGCACCCUUCCGUUGGCACUCGACCGCCGGACCCCACCGUUGUUCCCCAAGCUGAGGCGCCUUGCUUGGGUGGUCCAGGCCAAUUCCUCCAUCCAGCCGUUCCGGUAUUUCGUCGUUACAUCCCUCGAAGAACUGUGCGUGCAUGCCGAAUCCCGCAGGGACCCAACACAAGACGCGCAUUUCCUCAGCACUUUAUUCAACGCGAUGAAAACCAUCGCUCAACAGUGUGUCUGGAUGACCUCCGUGGAGAUCCUGUGGAGAAAAGGGCGCUUGUUGCCUGCUCCCCAUUCCGUGCUCGACCUGCUGCCCCCCCUCGCUCACCUUCAAAGCUUAUUCAUCAGUACAAACCUUUUCGUGUCUCGCCGUUCAAUCUACAGCCUGUCCAGGCUCCCGGCGUUGCGAGAUCUCAAGAUUCAACAUUUAGAAGACACAAAUCUGAGGGAAAUAGGCCUAGGCCUCGUCGAUGCCGGUUUUCCCGCCCUCCAGACCUUCUGGAUCGACGGGCCGAGUGCCGUGGUGCGCUAUUUUCUGGCCCCCAUGCCUCCCUGCAACGUUCGGUACUGCACCGUUACCGUGCACGACACGAUCCCAGUGGACGUCCAGCGCACUAUUGUCGAGAGGGUCGUGGGCAACUUUAGGGCGUCCCUCAGCACGCUCGAACUGCGCUUGCCCAGCGGCAACCUCAGGCUCGCCUCGCAGCCCGAGACUGUCGUAUACGGCCGCUUCUCCAUCGACCUCGUUCCCCUCCUCUGCCAGCUCCGGAAUCUUACGGAAGUCCGUCUGGGAAAGCUGGAGCCGAGAGAACUUACCGACGCGCUCUGCGGACACAUGGCCUCCGCAUGGCCGUACCUCCGCGUGGUGCAGUUCAGUAGCAGCAGGCCCGUCAACAACCCGCCGCCCACCAUGGUCACACUCCAUGGCCUGCGCUGUUUUGCCGAACGCUGCCCUGGGCUCGAAGAUAUAAGUGUACAAGUGAAUACGUCUGGCAACCAUUGGGCGGCCGAAGCGAGCAAGUUCGCGCCGGUGGAGCGGAUGGCGCGGUCGGUCUGUUUGGACCUCACUACCUCCCUCGUCACCUAUCCCCAGGCCGUCGCGGUGUACCUGAGGCAAUGCUUCCACGCGUUUUCUGACGUGCGUUUUAUCGGUAAAUUCGAUGCAGAGGUGGCUGGGCUGGGCGCCAGGGUCGAAGCGUGGAAAGCGUUGUGCCGUCUGCUUUUGCGGGAUGGCGCUUUGCAGGAAGCGUUGCAGAGACUUGGAGGGUGA